CGCAAAGGCAUUCAUGAAUGACGCCCCUCUCGUGACGAGGUAAGAUGUCCCCAAUGGCGGUUCCUGCGGUUGAUCAGACCCAUGAUACUGCAACGCCGCUAAAACGCCUUCCAUCCACCCCGCCAUUGAGAUGGCGGUGGAAGGCGUGAUUAAUCUUUCAGAGAGCGAUCGUGACUCAGAAAACAACAAACAAAUUUUUCCAAGACUUCGCCAACCAAUCUUUGGCUCACAAUUGUUUGACUCUCCCAUCAUUUGUUGCAGUCAACCUGGUACCUGGCCUCGAACCCCCAAAGCAAGUUUUGUUCCUGCGGAUAAAAUUCCUUUUCAACCCCACCAUUGAAGAUGCCCAUGCUCAAGGACCCCUCGAAGAAAUACAAGAAGUUUCCUGCUCUUCAACUCAAAGACAGACAAUGGCCUGACAAAACCCUUGACAAGCCGCCGCGAUGGCUCUCGACCGAUUUGCGCGAUGGCAACCAGAGUUUAGUUGACCCUAUGGACGGCGAGCAGAAAUGGACGUACUUCAAGAUGUUAGUUGAGCUUGGCUAUAAGGAAAUCGAAAUUUCAUUCCCCUCAGCCUCGCAGACAGACUUCGACUUCACGCGACGCCUUGUAGAGACCCCCGGUGCAGUCCCAGACGAUGUUUGGCUCCAAGUUCUUUCUCCAUGCAGAGAAGAACUAAUUGCGCGUACGGUCGCAUCCCUCAAGGGUGCGAAGAAAGCUCUCUUGCACAUCUACCUCGCGACGAGCGAAUGCUUCCAACGAAUAGUGUUCAACGCCACGGAAGAGGAGCAGUUAGAAGUAGCAAUUAAGUGCACGAAAUAUGCUCGGUCGAUUACAAAGGAUGAUCCUGCGCAAGCAGGCACGGAAUGGGCCUUCGAAUUCAGCCCCGAGACCUUCUCGGACUCUAGGCCUGAGUUUGUGAUCAAGAUUUGCGAGGCUGUGAAGCAAGCCUGGGGCCCGACUGUCGAGAACCCAAUUAUCUUCAAUCUUCCUGCUACGGUCGAGAUGUCCACGCCGAACGUUUAUGCGGACCAAAUUGAGUACUUCUGCCGAAAUAUUACUGAGAGGGAAAAGAUUUGUGUUUCUCUUCAUCCCCACAACGAUCGUGGCUGCGCGAUUGCUGCAGCAGAAUUGGCACAAAUCGCUGGCGCGGAUCGAGUCGAGGGCUGUCUCUUUGGCAAUGGCGAGAGAACUGGAAAUGUUGAUCUCGUUACACUUGCUUUGAAUCUUUACACACAAGGCAUUCAUCCCAAUAUCGAUUUCUCGGACCUCAAUCGGGUCAUUGAUGUGGUUGAAGUGAGCAACAAGAUCCCAGUCCACCCUCGAGCACCAUAUGGAGGAUCUCUUGUUGUGUGUGCUUUCAGCGGAUCUCACCAAGAUGCUAUCAAGAAAGGUUUCCAGAUGCGUCAGAAGAAUGGUGCUUCUAACGAAUCGCCGUGGCAAAUGCCAUACCUUCCCCUCGAUCCUCAAGACAUCGGCCGUACCUACGAAGCCAUCAUCCGUGUUAACUCUCAAAGUGGCAAGGGUGGAUCUGCCUGGAUUAUUCUCCGCAACCUUGAGCUUGAUCUUCCUCGUGGCUUACAGGUUGCAUUCAGUAAGAUUGUUCAGAGGCGUGCGGAUCAAGUCGGACGAGAGCUCCUCUCAACUGAGAUCCAGGAUCUCUUCGAGCAAACUUAUUUUCUCAAAGAGAAUCCGAGAUUCAAGUUGGUCGACUACACAAUCAGCACCGACCGUUCUGCUUCGCCAGCUCCUUCUGCACCAGGCAAGAGACAAGAUACGACACAUAUGAAAAGACGUUUUGAAGGCGUCAUUUCCAUUGAUGGCUACGAGCAUGAGCUUAAGGGUUUUGGCAAUGGUCCGAUUUCAAGUUUGGCAAAUGCUCUUCACUCAGUUGGAAUCGAUCUCGAUGUUGCAGAUUACAAAGAACAUGCUAUUGGCGGUGGCAGAGAUGUCAAGGCUGCGAGCUAUAUUGAAUGUACUGCUGCUGGAUCAAGCAUGAAAGUUUGGGGCGUUGGAGUCCACGAGGAUGUUGUUCAGAGUUCUUUGAUUGCCCUUUUGAGUGCUGCUAGCAACUUCAUUACAAGCAGACCAAACACGCCUUUGUUGCUUCGAGGUAAGCAUGGCGGUAAGUUGAGCCAGGAUUUGGAUCUCGAACGCACUCCGAAGGAAAAUGGACAUCUUUCGAUUCCCAAACCAAAUGGAGUACCUAAGAGUGGACCAGAUGCAGUGAGCGUUUUGGAGGCAAAAGUCAACCAGUCGAGUUAAGGGGCUUUGCGGGGUUGACGGGACGGGCCUUGGAGGGGUAGCAAAGAUAGCAGUUUCAGAGUGCUUUCAUAUCGUGGGCGGCGCAAAUGAUAAUGAACCAAAAGAGAACUUGACUAGCUUCAUAAUAGGAGUUGUAGCAUCAUAACCUCGAGUCAGCGAGCAUCUCGGAAAUAGAUCGUGGAUCCGAGAAUUUCGGGAUCACCAUAAAAAGCUCAAUCACGUGCUCUCACAUGGCUAGCGCCAAAUAUCGCGACCCCAUGUAAGCUAUGGUACCAAAUGAAUCC